UUCAACUAUCGGGGCUCCGCGCCGACACCCCCCGGGGCGGCCCUGCCCGCGCCCGCCCGAGCCGCCGUUCAAGGAGCGCCGCCCGCGCCCGCUCCGCCCCGCGCUCCUCCUGCGCCCCACGCGCGGCCGGCGAGCCGAGGCCGGCGGGCCGGGCCGGGUGCGGCGUCCGCGGGGCGCGAUGUGGGGCCUCCGCGCGUGAUCCGACCGCGCCGCGUCCCGCUCGCUCCAUCCCGGCCCCGGCCGUCCCGCGCGCGCUCCAGCUCCCCAGCCCGGAGGAAUGACCCUCUCCGGUGGCGGCGGCGCCCGCGACAUGUCCGGCCAGACGGUGCUGACGGCCGAAGACGUGGACAUCGAUGUGGUGGGCGAAGGCGACGACGGCCUGGAGGACAAGGACAGCGACGCGGGCGGCGACAGCCCCGCGGGGCCGCCCGAGCUGCGCCUGGACGAGGCGGACGACGCCGGCCCGCGCCCCGGGCAGCCGCAGCCAGUGCUCGCGCAGGUCCCGGCCGUGCCCGCCCCGUGCGCCCCGGGCGCGCCGGGCACCGAGCCGGAGGAGGCGGACGGCGGGCGCGCGGGCGAGGACCGCGGCGGGGGCCCAGGCCCGGGCACGGCCGGGGCUGCUGGGGGCGGCCUGGCGCCUGGGAAGCCCAAGAACAGCUUGGUGAAGCCGCCGUACUCCUACAUCGCGCUCAUCACCAUGGCCAUCCUGCAGAGCCCGCAGAAGAAGCUGACGCUGAGCGGCAUCUGCGAGUUCAUCAGCAACCGCUUCCCCUACUACCGCGAGAAGUUCCCCGCCUGGCAGAACAGCAUCCGCCACAACCUGUCGCUCAACGACUGCUUCGUAAAGAUCCCCCGCGAACCGGGCAAUCCGGGCAAGGGCAACUACUGGACGCUCGACCCGCAGUCCGAGGACAUGUUCGACAACGGCAGCUUCCUGCGGCGCCGGAAGCGCUUCAAGCGCCACCAGCAGGAGCACCUGCGCGAGCAGACGGCGCUCAUGAUGCAGAGCUUUGGCGCCUACGGGCUGGCGGCCGGGCCCUACGCGCGCCCCUACGGGCUGCACCCCGCGCCCGGCGCCUACGCGCACCCUGCCGCCGUGCUGCAGUACCCGUACGCGCUGCCGCCCGUGCCGCCCGUGCUGCCGCCCGCCGUGCCACUGCUGCCCUCGGGUGAGCUGGGCCGCAAGGCCGCGGCGUUCGGCGCGCAGCUCGGCGCGGGCCUGCAGCUGCAGCUCGGCGGGCUGGGCGCGGCGGCGGCGGCAGCUGCGGCCUCGGGCGCCACGGCCCUGGUCAAGUCGGAGCCAAGCGCGCGGCCGUCGUUCAGCAUCGAGAACAUCAUCGGCGCGGGCCCCGCGAGCUCAGGCGCAGCGGGCGCGGGAGGCGGCGGGGGCGCGGCGGUGACUCCUGGGGGCGCGGGGAGCCCUGCGGGGGGCGCCGGGACGGCGGGCGGCGCGGCGCAGCCCUUCUUGCGGCCGCCCGGGGCCGUGCAGCCCGCCGCGCUCGUGGCCGCGCACCAGCCGCUGUCGCUGAGCCGGACGACGGCAGCCAUCGCGCCCAUCCUGAGCGUGCCGCUCUCGGGACAGUUCCUGCAGCCCGCAGCCUCCGCCGCCGCCGCCGCGGCGCAGGCCAAGUGGCCGGCGCAGUAGGGACGCGCGCCCGGCCCGUGCCCACCGAAUGCCGAGCGACCAUCCCUGACGGACUGCGCCACCCGCCGCGGAUCCCGAGCGGCCGGCCGCGCUGCCACCCAGCCCCGCGGCUGUAGCCUCCUCCAGUCCUGAGCGCACCUGAGCGCACGGAGCAGCCUCGCCGCCCGCCCGCCAGGAAUAGCUUUCCGCACAGGUAAAAAAACCUUGCCAGAGUUCUCCAAAAAAAAAAAAAAAAAUGCAACCAACGGCACCUGCUCCGCACCCUGGGUGGGGGCAGUGGAGAAGGAAGGCCUUUGUACAUAUUUGUAUAAAAAUUACUGACUUUUCCUUUUGGGGUUUUUAUUUUUUUAAGAAAUAAAAAACAAAUUCAGUAGAUUUAGAGCUCUGAACUUUCAUUUUUUCGAAGGUUCACUCUCCGCAGUUUUAUCUGAGAGAAGAAUGUAUAAAGACGUUGGGAGAUUUUAAUUACAAAAAUUUUCAAAAAGGCGAAGUGUCACUAUUAUAAAAGUCUGUUUAUAUAUGAAUGAAUAUAUAUGGCAUUCUAAAUGUUAUUCCAUCGUGUUGUACACAACUUUGUAAAUAAAUUUUUAAAAUGGUCA